CGAUAGAGUGACAGCCCGAAACGUCAGGCUAAUUAGAUUCUUGCUCAAGUGAUCUUAUCUUCUUACGAGCAGAUUAAACUAGUCCUUCAUGGCUCACCCCUGGCGUGUAAUAUGGUAUAAUGGAGCUACCAGAGAUUUGUUUAUCACUAUGUUCAAUACACGAUAGGUUGAAAGUCGCAAACGACGAUGCCCAUCGUGGAUCCCACAGAAUGCUGGGCUGAGGAGCUAAACAGUUCACAUCACCUGGUUCAUAUUACGCGUAUCGUGCUUUCUUUAGGACGGCUGCGAUCUCACACACACACACACAUGUGUGUGUGAGUUUGUCAUAGAAGCUGCAUUCAGAAAGAGCGGUCAAAAAGGGAUCUUCGUCCUGAGAGGAGGACCGACUUACCCCGUUAGUUAGCAACCCUCCAAUGCUACGACUUUUGACGCCUCCAGGUGGAUUUUAGCACGUCAGACUCAUUUUAGCGAGGAAUGGGCAAAAGUGCGUAAGGAUGGGCUCCCCGAGAGUCGACCUUACUAUUCUUUCUCGCAUGCACCCCUCCACUGUCCGAGCCUGUCUGCCAUCCGGCGCUGUGAUUGGGCGCAGCGGCUGGCGCAGCCUGCGCCUAGACCUGUCAUCACACCUCAAUGAACCCGCGUGGACACUGCGCAACCGAAUUAACACGCCUCGUGAGCCAAACUGACCCUCGUUUUGGGCCGACGCGUUUCAGGGGGGGAGGUGGCAAGCAAGCCAGACAGUCUUACCAGGUUAUGGCACACAGAGCCAAGAAGUAAGGCGGUUUUUGUGCCGGAAAACAUUGUCAUUCGCACAGCCACAGUAAGUUGACUGCACAAGCAGGAUUUCCUAAGUAAUUCACCUAGAAUCCACCAGAGGGAACCCUGCUUGGGCAGUCAACUUACUGUAUCAGAUUUGGUGGAUUCCAGACGUUGCAGUAGGUUAGGCGGGUAAGUUGAUCCAAAUGUGAUUAAACUCGCGUCGUCCGGCGGGGCCCUCGUAGCUCAAGUGGUUAGAGCGUCGACUGUACUAAAGCCUUCGCCUUACUGCGUGGGUUCGCAUCCCACCGGGGCGCCGAGUUUUUCACAAUUGGGUCAAUAUGAAUUAUACAAAAUCCAUAAUGAUUUCUCCGGCUUACACAUGCUAUGUUUGUGAUUAAAACAGGUGAAUUUUACGUACCCUGGAAACCUAAUGUCUGCCAUCCGGCGCAGUGAUUGGGCGCAGCGACUGGCGCGGCCUGAAGCCUACGCCUAGGCCUGUCACCACACCUAAAUAGGCAACCGUAGUUAUGGGCCCUCGUGGACACUGCGCAACCGGAUUAACACGCCUAGUGAGCCAAACCGACACUCGUUUGGGCCGACGCGUUUCAGGGGGGGAGGUGGCAAGCAAGCCAAACAGUCUUUCCAGCUUAUGGCACACAGAGCCAAGAGGUAAGGCGGUUUUUGUGCUGGAAAACAUCGUCUUUCGCAAAUCCACAGCCGGCAAAAGGCCUGACCGACAACUGCACCCUAACCUCUUUUGGCUGGCGGAAGGGAGUUUACUCUCCCACAUUCGUAACGUCAUUGUCAAGGUAACAUGACCGCUAAGUAGGUUAGUAGCUUAAAGCAGGCAUGUCAGCCUAGCGAAAUUCCCAGCACUAUUUCGGCGACAGAAUUGCCUGUUUUGCGACGAAGAACUCUUGUCGGGUAAAUUACCUUUUGCUUAUCUGAAUGGUAUACUUUCUUUUCGGCGUUAACUCUCUCUCUCUGUCUCUCCCUAGCUUCUUGCGGACGACAAUCGGUUCCUCUUUUGCUACCUCCUUCCCACGGUCUACAGUGUGGUAAGUUGCAGUUUCUGUCUGUCUCCAGUUCUUCAAAGACCCCCCCCCCCCUAACUCAGUCAUAUACAACUCUCUCACUCUCUCUUUUUGACGAUGCUACGUCUAGUUCGCCCACGAGUUGACCAACAAUACGGACUUCAUCCGUCUCGUAGUGAGCAAAAUCGACCCCGGCCAGGCGAACUACCUCGUCUGCGAGAUACUGCGUGGCCACCUCAACUUCUUCCAUCGCUCCAACAUAACUGAAGUGCUGAGUACGUUUUGUUUUUUGGCACCUUUGUGUGUGUGCUUACGUGGCUUUGUGUGUUUUUGUGCUGUUUCCUACACGACAGUCCGACCGAUGAUGCCCACCGUGU